AAAGGACACGCGCGCUCACACACAUACAGAGUCGUCCUCCAGAGGUGCAGCAGCAGCCCGCACACCACACUGUUUCUAUGUAUGUGCCGGCACAGUGCAGACAGAGGUUGUAAACAUGGCGGCGGACGGUAUGGUGCUCACCAACCACGACCAUCAGACCCGAGUAGGGAUUCUAACGGUCAGUGACAGCUGUUUCAGGAAUUUGGCUGAGGACAGGAGUGGAGUCAACCUGAAGGACCUGGUCCAUGAUCCCUCACUGCUAGGAGGAGUCAUAGCAGCCUACAAGAUUGUCCCAGAUGAGAUUGAUGAAAUCAAGGAUACUCUUUUGGAGUGGUGUGAUGAGCUAGAGCUGAAUCUCAUUCUCACUACUGGAGGAACUGGCUUUGCACCACGAGAUGUUACACCUGAGGCCACCAGAGAGGUGAUAGAGCGAGAGGCUCCGGGUAUGGCUCUGGCCAUGCUGAUGGGGUCUCUCAAUGUUACACCUCUCGGCAUGCUGUCCAGGCCAGUGUGUGGUAUUCGCGGUAAAACUCUGAUCAUCAACCUGCCAGGGAGCAAGAAGGGCUCUCAGGAGUGUUUUCAGUUCAUCCUGCCCGCUCUUCCCCACGCCAUCGACCUGCUGCGUGAAGCCACAGUCAGGGUUAAAUCCACACACGCUGCCCUAGAGCAGCUGCCCUCCCCUUCCCCUCUGCUGGCCAACACGCACACCAACACACACAGCAACACACACACCAUGGAGCGCGGCACCCAGUGUGAGGAAGAGGAGGAAGAAGAGGAGGACCGUAGGAGAGGUCAACAUGUGCACAACCACCACCACCACCACCAUCACCAGCACGGCUCCUCCCACAUCACCGCAGCCGCUAUCGCUGCCAAGACGAGCCAUGCUGCGGUCAUGGCUAAGGGGGCUCCCUACCUGCCCGGAAACACACCCGCCCCUCCCACUCAUUUCACUUGCUCCUGUACCCAUGACCAGCAGAUCCCGGACUCUAUCAUUUCUCGAGGCGUUCAGGUGCUUCCUCGAGAUUCAGCCUCUUUAAGCUCCACCCCUUCCGAGUCACCACGGGCAACACAGGCAACCUCCCGCCUUUCCACCGCCUCAUGCCCGACUCCCAAGGUUCAGUCACGAUGUGGCAGUAACGAGAACAUUCUGAGAGCCAGCCACAGUGCGGUGGACAUCAGUAAAGUGGCACGUCGUCAUCGCAUGUCUCCGUUCCCAUUGACAUCAAUGGAUAAGGCCUUCAUCACUGUUCUAGAGAUGACACCUAUUCUGGGAAUUGAAGUCAUCAACUACAGAGACGGUAUGGGUCGAGUGCUCGCUCAGGACAUCUACGCCAAAGACAACCUUCCUCCGUUCCCCGCCUCUGUUAAGGAUGGCUACGCUGUACGAGCUGCUGAUGGCCCAGGAGAUCGCUUCAUCAUGGGAGAAUCACAGGCUGGACAGCAGCCCACCCAUACAGUGAUGCCAGGUCAGGUGAUGAGGGUGACGACCGGGGCUCCCAUUCCUUGUGGAGCGGACGCUGUGGUCCAAGUAGAAGAUACAGAGCUUCUGAGGGAGUCUGAGGAUGGCACAGAGGAGCUAGAGGUGAGGAUUAUGGUCCAGGCCCGGCCCGGACAGGACAUCAGGCCAAUAGGUCAUGACAUCAGGCGAGGAGAGUGUGUGUUGGCUAAAGGAACACACAUGGGCCCAUCAGAGAUUGGCUUGCUGGCCACAGUGGGAGUGACCGAGGUCAGCGUGCACAAGUUCCCUGUGGUGGCGGUCAUGUCCACUGGAAACGAGCUGCUGAAUCCAGAGGAUGACCUCCACCCGGGGAAAAUUAGAGACUCCAACCGCUCCACUCUGCUGUCCACCAUCCAGGAGCAUGGAUAUCCCACCAUCAACCUGGGCAUCGUUGGAGACAACCCCGAUGACCUGCUGUCAGCUCUCCAUGAGGGAAUCAGUCGUGCCGAUGUCAUCAUCACCUCAGGGGGCGUGUCCAUGGGAGAGAAGGACUACCUAAAGCAGGUGCUGGAUAUUGACCUUCAUGCUCAGAUCCACUUUGGAAGAGUCUUUAUGAAGCCAGGUCUUCCUACUACCUUUGCCACAGCUGACAUUGAUGGAGCACGGAAACUCAUCUUUGCUCUGCCAGGUAACCCGGUGUCUGCAGUGGUGACAUGUAACCUGUUUGUGAUUCCUGCUCUGAGGAAGAUGCAAGGCAUUUUGGAUCCCAGACCUACAAUUAUUAAAGCUAGGCUCUCCUGUGACGUGAAGCUGGAUCCCAGACCAGAGUACCACCGUUGUAUUCUCACCUGGCAUCACCAGGAGCCACUGCCCUGGGCACAAAGCACAGGCAACCAGGUAUCCAGCAGGCUAAUGUCAAUGCGUAGCGCCAACGGUCUGCUGAUGUUGCCUCCUAAAACAGAGCAGUAUGUGGAGCUGCAUAAGGGAGAGGUUGUGGAUGUCAUGGUCAUCGGACGGCUAUGAUGCAGACUUAAAUGUCACUCGCUACCGAUUACCAUGGCAGUGCCAGGACUUCCUGUCUGGACAGGAAAUGGGCGGGGGCAGGAAGUGAUGCAUGUCUACCUGGUCGCCAUUAGCUGUGAUGUCAUAUGCAACAGCCAAUCGGAGCCAGCGGAGGCUGAAUUCUCAUUGGUCUGCUCUGAGGAGAUCACUGUAUUUCAAUGGAGAAAAAAAUGUGAAAAAAUAUAUAAAAUAUGAGAUUUAUUCUGUAAUAUUAUUAUUAUUAUUAUCCUGAUGAUAAUGAUUAUUGAUAUUCUUAAUAUAUUAUCAUGGUUCUUAUUGAAUAUUAUCAUCUUAGUAGUAAUCAUGCCCUCUUCUCUCCUGUUCAUUUGCUUUGUGCGUUCAACAUUUUCCCCUGGUAGAUAUAGAGAUAUAGAGACUUUCCCCUCCUUCCUCCCCUCCUCCUGACCUUUUUUCCUUCUCUCCCCCUUCUUUUCUUUUCUGCUCUGCCAUCCUCUAUCUAGGUAUAGAAACUCCUUGAUAACCCCUUCCUGCAGGAACACACUGACCCUACCAUCCGUAUUGAAAGAAAUAUGAACUAAAGGCAUAUAAAGACAUCUUUUUGGUUGGAGCUGCUGUUAUAGUUUGUGCCAGUACAGUAAAUAUUAUUUUUAUUUUUUUUUUUUUUUUUUGCCAAAAAGGAAAAAAAUACAAAGAGAUUUGUUUUUUAUGUUUCCUUCAGAUGUAACACUUUCAAACCAUACAUAAGUGUAGUAUAACUCUAAAACUCAUCAUGACUCAAUGAAAGCCAUGAAACUCUUUUAGGCGGGUGAGUGGCUCAGCUUUAAGGCAGUGCGAGGCAGGAAAAUCCUCUCUUGCACAUCAUCAAAUAUAAAUAUAAUUGUUAUAAUAAAAUCCAUAAUGACUUCUAUGAUCUGUAGUCAGGGAGGAACUUCCCUCAUAUCAGAGGUGGGCCACACUGACAGAAUAACUGUAACCCUGCAUUCAAGUGGUGUUUGAUUCACAGAGGUUUAUAGUUUACACCAUAAAACUAUAGUAUGAAAUUGAAAUACUUAGACAGUCUUUGAUAAUUGUAGUAUUUGCAUUUUUACAACUAUUACAGGAUAAUGUUUGUGAUGUUCAAUAUUUUUCUUAUUAUCAACAAAUCCAAAAAAAAGGACCAAAACCAGCAAUUGUUAUUUUUACAAUAUUUUAAUGAAUUAAACAAACAAGAUAUACCAUGUUAGCUUUAGAGAUGCUGGUAGGUGGAUUAGGUUGCCGUCAGACAGAACCAGGCGAGCAGUUUUUCCUCUUGUUUCCAGUCUAGUGCUGACAUAUAAGAACGUGUGCAAAAAAGAUUGCCUGACAUGCGAUGAAUAAGACAGAUCCUUUUGUUUAGGCAUGGGUACUGAAACCAGGUAUGUGUGGUGCGCACACACGCACACACACACAGACAGACAGACAGACAGACAGACAGCAGGUGAAGUGAAGAUAAUUCGAGUUGACGACAACUACGCUCGUUACUGUAAGUGCCAAUACUUCAUCAAUUCACCUGUUCCAACAAGCAGAAACAUAUUGAAAGUGACAUUAGAAUCUGUUCUGUUCUGUCUCUCAUCCACCAAGAUAUUUUUGAGUUUAUAUAGUUACUUUGCUUUCAUAAACCUUCAGCAGGGCACUGUGGUUUUUAGGAAACACUACUCAAACAGGAGGAAACGGUACAUUUGUUGGGGACUAUUUUCAGCCACGCAUUAUUACACAUUUAGUGAGUAUUUCCUGCAGCAGGAUGGUGUAUGUGGGAUUUAGUUAAAAUAAUCUACAGUGUGUGUGUGUUAAUGGUUAUGAAGGAGCAUGUCAACCAGUGUAACAGUGUGGCUCAUUAUUGUGUUUUUUAGGAGUUUUUGGACAACAAUGGAGUUCUUUGGCACCGAGUAAUAAGAAAUAGCAGGCUUUGAAUACACACACACUUGUUAGGAUCUAUUGUUGGUUAGGGUCCUUUCAUGGGAUUUGUUGAUGGUAAGAAAAAUGUAGAAUAUAAUCCACCUUAUCCUUUGAAUAGCCAAAGAUGAAGGACUAUACUGAGUUGACAGCUAGUCUGAAAGGCUGGCUUUUGUUUGGCCAAUCAGGCGCCCCCCAUCUUUUUCUAUACCAACGAACAUGAACAAAAGAGCUGCUUGAGUGAGUUGUGACAUUCUGUUUUCCCAACUCAGAGAAAACUCAGACCCGACAUCACUUGAAAGCAGGGUGUCACGUUCAGGUGCUCGUACAUUACACAACUGGUGUAUUUCUACCAUGACAGUGUUAAGGUGCUUGUUAAAGUCAAAAGAAUCAACACAGUUCAAAGCGGUAAAACAAACUACGUCAUAUGACUGCUUUUCUCUCAAUGUACUGUACAUAGUCUGAGCAACACUGACAAAUAUAGAAACUUUGUUUGGUAUUUAGCCCACUAUAAAAGCUUAGUUUACUGUUAGCAUUAACAAGUUAGUAGGCCGGCUGGCUGCUGUAUCCUGCUGAUUAAGCACUGAACUAAAAUUGUUUACCAAUUAACAAGGACCAUUCAAAUGCAUUAUAUGCAAUCUGUGAGUCCUAAGCAUUCACCAAUGCACCAUACCUUAACUCCUCUAGCUCCUCUGAUUCUUCCUAUCAGUGCCAAACAAACCCACAUGGUCAAAGGUUUAUUGCUGCUUUCAGGUCAUAUUGGAAUAACUGGUACAAAGUUCUGGUAGUUUUUGAAUUGAAUGGUACGUAAAGACACUAAGAUAAUAUUAGUAAUUGAUGUUUAUUUCUAGAUGUUGGUUGCUGCUGCUGAUCUACAUGCUUCAAUUACCCCCAGGCAUAUGAUGAGUUAACUUCCAGAUGAGAAGCUCAUGUCUACUAUCGUUUCUCUAUGGCCUGAAUGCAUCACUGGUCAGAUUUUCUGAGCUUUUGACCCCUCUCCCCUUGUUCCUCCCUCUCCUCCUCAUCUUCCCUCUUACUUCCCCUCCUCCUCCACACAUGCAUGCCCAUAAAGAGGGCAUGUCUUUCUCUUUGGGCAGGUUUCAUUCCAGGCGUGAGACCAGGGUGCUGCACCUGGGCAGGACUUCUGAUCUGACUAAAUUACAUUCAUGGCAGUUCUUGAUGCGAUUAUUGGUACAUAAGAAGAGUUCUUAAAGUCCAGGCUCUGGAACCAACACUGUCUUCUCAUUUAUUUCUCUAGCUCAGAUGUCAGAAACUUCCCAGUUACCUCAAAUGCACCAUAUAUCUAUCUUAUCAGUGGCUAAUGCUGGGUUCAUGUCAUGUAAGACAAGGUGGAAGAACAAGGUAACACUUUUGCAGCAGUUUAAAGGUGGUCAUUUAUUCAGUGGAAGGCCCACAUCCAAAUGAAAUUGAAAAAGUUUUAAAACAAUUAUCAAAUUUAUCUUUUCGGCAGCUCAUAUUUACAGUAAACCAAUUAUGACAUGAAUGCAGCAUCAGAGCAUGUCGUGGUACCUGCCCAGAGAGGAUCAAUCAAACCCAGAUAGAUUCAUUUGAAUAAGAAGAAGCAGGUUAUUGUUAAACUGCCUUUGUACUGAGUGAUACGUAACACUGGACUGAACUCAGUGUCACACUGCACACACUAUAAACUAUGACCAGCACUUGUAAUGAAGCAAUGACACAGCAUUCUACUACUACUGUAUAAAUAUAACGAAGAGGAUGUUUUUUUCUGUAAUGAUAUUAUUGAAACUGAAGAUGAAUUAAUAAAAAUAAUCCUGAUUAUUCUGUA